AUGUCCAAGUCCAUCACAGCAAAGGAAGUUCAGGAGCACGCAACCCAGGAGAAGGGUCUCUACAUCAUCAUCGAUGGAGGCGUGUACUCGAUGGCCGACUUUGUUGAUGAACACCCUGGUGGUUCCAAGAUCCUGAAGAGAGUGGGUGGAAAAGAUGCAAGCAAGCAGUUCUGGAAGUACCACAAUGAGGCUGUGUUGAAGAAGUAUCAGCCCAAGCUAAAGAUUGGCGACCUCAAGGAGGAAGCCAAGCUUUGA